AGAGCCGUCGUCAAUGCGGCAUGGGUUCUUUUGCUUGCGGUCUGGCGUUAUACACUCGUAUCUGAUCCGAGACUGCUGUCACCAUGUCCAAACCACUGUCAGACCACGACAGGAAAAAGCAGAUUUCUGUGAGAGGGCUUGCCGGUGUAGAGAAUGUGUCGGACUUAAAGAAAAACUUUAAUCGUCAUUUGCAUUUCACGCUGGUAAAGGACAGGAACGUAUCCACCAAACGGGAUUAUUACUUUGCGCUCGCGCACACAGUCAGAGAUCACUUGGUAGGCAGAUGGAUCAGAACACAGCAGAGUUAUUACGAGAAAGACCCCAAACGUGUAUAUUACCUUUCCCUGGAGUUCUACAUGGGCCGUACCUUGCAGAACACUAUGGUGAACCUGGCCCUGGAAAAUGCUUGUGAUGAAGCCACCUAUCAGCUGGGUCUGGACAUGGAAGAGCUGCAGGAGAUGGAGGAAGAUGCUGGACUGGGAAAUGGAGGCCUUGGUCGUCUUGCUGCUUGCUUUCUGGACUCUAUGGCCUCUCUUGGGCUGGCUGCCUAUGGUUACGGAAUUCGCUAUGAAUUUGGUAUCUUCAACCAGAAAAUCUGCAAUGGCUGGCAGGUUGAAGAGGCUGACGACUGGCUCCGCUACGGUAACCCAUGGGAGAAAGCCCGUCCAGAAUAUACACGUCCUGUGCACUUUUAUGGUAGGACAGAGCAUCACCCAGAUGGAGUGAAAUGGGUUGAUACUCAGGUUGUCUUGGCUUUGCCCUACGACACCCCUGUACCCGGAUACAGAAACAACAUCGUAAACACCAUGAGGCUGUGGUCUGCUAAAGCCCCAUGCGAUUUCAACCUGAAAGACUUUAAUGUUGGUGGCUAUAUUCAGGCCGUGCUGGACAGGAACCUGGCGGAGAACAUCUCUCGUGUGCUCUACCCCAAUGACAACUUUUUUGAGGGUAAGGAGCUCAGAUUGAAGCAGGAGUACUUUGUAGUGGCUGCGACUCUCCAAGACAUCAUCCGCCGCUUCAAGGCUUCCAAGUUCGGCUCCAGGGAUAUUGUGCGCACGGAUUUCAGCGCUCUGCCUGACAAGGUGGCUAUUCAGCUAAACGACACUCACCCUGCCUUAGCCAUCCCUGAGCUGAUGAGAGUGCUGGUUGAUGAGGAAAAACUAACUUGGGAGAAGGCAUGGGACAUCUGCGUUAGGACCUGCGCCUACACCAACCACACUGUGCUGCCUGAGGCUCUGGAACGCUGGCCUAUUGACCUCUUCCAGUCUCUGCUGCCCCGGCACCUCGAGAUCAUCUAUGAAAUCAACCGCCGCCACAUGGAGCGUGUGUCCUCUAUGUUUCCCGGUGAUGUGGACCGCAUGCGCCGCAUGUCUCUCAUUGAGGAGGGUGGACAGAAGAAAGUCAACAUGGCUCAUAUGUGCAUUGUUGGCUCUCAUGCAGUCAACGGUGUGGCACGUAUCCACUCCGACAUCCUCAAAGCUACCAUAUUUAAAGACUUCUUUGAGAUGGAUCCACACAAGUUCCAGAACAAAACUAAUGGUAUCACCCCUCGCCGUUGGUUGGUGAUGUGCAACCCUGGUCUGGCUGAGGUCAUUGCAGAGAGAAUCGGAGAGGACUUCAUUCGUGAUCUGGAUCAGCUGCAAAAUCUUAAGAAUUUUGUCAAUGAUGAGGCUUUCAUUCGAGAUAUCGCCAAAGUUAAACAGGAGAACAAGCUGAAGUUUGCAGUGCACCUGGAAGAGCACUACAAAGUAAAGAUCAACCCCAACUCAAUGUUUGACCUUCAGGUGAAGAGAAUCCAUGAGUAUAAGAGGCAGCUGCUCAACUGUCUACAUAUUAUCACUUUCUACAACCGUAUCAGGAAAGAGCCUAACAAGCAGUGGACCCCAAGAACAAUUAUGAUUGGAGGAAAGGCUGCUCCAGGCUACCACACAGCUAAAAUGAUUAUUCGUCUUAUCACAGCUAUUGGUGAGGUGGUAAAUAAUGACCCGGUGGUGGGCGACCGCCUCAAAGUCAUUUUCCUGGAGAACUACAGAGUUACCCUUGCAGAGAAAGUGAUCCCAGCAUCUGACCUGUCCGAGCAGAUCUCCACAGCCGGCACCGAAGCUUCUGGAACAGGCAACAUGAAGUUCAUGCUGAAUGGAGCUCUGACCAUCGGCACCAUGGAUGGAGCCAAUGUGGAGAUGGCAGAGGAAGCAGGACAUGACAACAUCUUCAUUUUCGGCAUGAGAGUGGAGGAUGUCGAAGCCAUGGAUGCUAGAGGAUACAACGCAUCCGAGUUCUACAAUCGUAUUCCAGAGCUGAAGCAAGCCAUAGACCAGAUCGCUGGAGGAUUCUUCAGCCCAAAACAGCCAGACCUUUUCAAGGAUAUUGUCAACAUGCUGAUGCACCAUGAUAGGUUCAAGGUGUUUGCUGACUAUGAAGACUACAUUAAAUGCCAAGAUAAAGUCAGUGCUUUGUAUAAGAAACCUAAAGAAUGGACUAAGAAAGUCAUCCUCAACAUUGCCGGUUCAGGCAAGUUCUCCAGUGACCGCACCAUCUCCCAGUACGCCCGUGAGAUCUGGGGUGUAGAGCCCACUCUGGAGAAGCUUGCUGCACCUGAUGACCCAAAUUAAACCUCCACAUGCCCUUCUCGAACCAAGAACAACCUGUAUGAUCCAGCAAUGCUAUAUACUCCCUCUUCAUUAAUCUUGCUCUUUCUUCCUAUGGCAACCCGAACGCAAUCUGUCAAUCUUCAAUCUUAAAUGUUCUGCCUCAUUCACUUCACAAACAAUCAAUAACUUCAACAAAAUCAAUGUUCAACAGGUGACAUCUAUCUCAGCAUUAUUCAGCAAAAACCAGGGCUGUAUUUCUCAAAAGCAUCGUAGAUUGUAGAAACUAUUGGCACAAAUGGCCUAUAUGGCCCUGUUUACACGUGGUAUUAAGAUGUGUUUUGUUUGAUCGGAUCACAAGUAGAUGAGGCAAACACAUUCCUGUUUAUACCUGGUGUUUUAAUCUCGUCUGUUUUGUCCACUUUUGAGCACUUCUGUCCUGAUUUUUCAAUCUAAUGAACAAAAUAACCUCGUGAAAUUUAGCUAUGAACAUCCCUGUAGACGACAGAAAACAUACAAAGUACAGCAACUGUCAUUUCUGCUUUGACUGCCGUGAGACCACGGCGUGUUAGAAAUGCUUAGUACAUUUUUCGUCUUCAAACUAAACUUGGGUCUUUCGCCAACAAAGUUGAUAUCCUGUCUGGCUAGUGCGCUUCCCAUAAUGUUUAUGCUUUAGGUCAGUAGGCAGUCUUUGCUACUGUUUGAACACAUUCGACCAUAUGAGUGUUUACACUACAUAAGCAAUCCAGUCGAAUGCGUUUUUGACUCUGGAAGUGGUCCAACGUGGACAAGCUCAAAAACAUUUUAGACCCCUUUUACACCUGUAUUUAGCGUUGACCACUUAUGAUCCGAUCGACCAAGCAUAAUACCAGGUGUAAACAGAGUCUAUGAUCUACAUAGGCUCAGUGUGGGGGUAAGUUACUUUUAAAAGUAAUGAAUUCAGUAUUGUGUUACUCCCUAAAAGUAACUAAUUGUGUUAGUUACUUUUUUUGGAAAGUAAUGCUUUACAUUACUUUUGUUUUACUUUUUCUCAUUUGGGCUGUUUCUUUUUUUUUUUUUUUUUUUUUUGUAACAAUAAAAAAGGUUAUUUUGUUGGAAAAUGUAAAGGCCCUUUUACAUCAAAAGUGAAAUGAAGGAAAUGCAAAUUCAAGAAGGUUCUUGAUGUUAUAUUUGGGUUUUGAAAUUCAAUAGAUGCCCCCACUCCCCAUCUAAACUGUUCAAACACUGCAUACUUGAAAGAAAAAAAAUCCAAUUAAAUCCAAUCUCAAACACUGUUGCAUUUGGCUGUUAGUUCUUAAAGGAUUAGGAGCAUGCUUAAAAUGACAAGAUUGUCUGUAAUGUGUGUAAAAUGGCUGGUGUAGGGGGUCACGGUUGCUUUUAAAGUGAGGCAGUAAGCAUUGCUCAUAUGUGUGUGUGAAUCUGUGGUUGCUGUUUGCAAUUUUAACACUUUUUGGACUGUGUAAUGUGUGAAAGUCACAAAAAUCAUGGACUUAAAAGUCUCUCUCAUCAGCUGUAAUUAAUAAUCAUAACCAGCUAUCCCAAAUACAACGCCUUUUUUCAAUUCUUUUUGUUGAAGAACAACAAAACUGUAAUAAAUUACAAAUAAACUGUU